UUUCUAAUCUUUAAUAACUGAAUUGUAACUUUUGACUGAUUUGAAAGCGGUGAUAAUCCUAUACUAAUAGAAUAAUAUUUGGGAACGAAAAUCACGUGGUCUGGAAACAUGCUAUAAUACUACAAUGCUUGUAACUGUAUCGAGUAUAUGUCUCCUAAAAUGUGGCUACAGCUUGAGGUAACACUUAGUUUUGAGAAGAAAAACGUUUUAAUUGUUCACUGGAAGAAUAGAUAAAUGAUACUAAUAGGUUUAGAUUGAUAAGAAAACUUAGUGAAUAGUGAAUAUGGACCGAUAGAAAAUAAUUUCUUAGUCUUCAUUUUAAAAAAACAAACAAAGAAAAUAUACUUAGACAAUUAAGAAACAAACAAAACGGCUGAACAGCUAAGAUCUUGCCCGCGUACAGCCCUGAGAGGUCCCACUUGAAAUCCAUUCUUAUGAAAUAAGUUUUUGUUGUCCAUAAACAACUUUACUAAAUUGAAUAUUUAUGUGUAAAUCUCUAUAUUUCCGCGUCGACAACUGCAAAAGCUGCUUUCCUUUUGUAUAAAUACACACCAAGUGUUCACAACUUCUCCCAUCAACACAACAAUCACCUGAAAAACCAAAGCAACGACAAAGAUCAAAGGGCUUACAGCUUCCAUCACAACAAAGAAGUCUUCAUGGGGGAAACAAAAAAGAAAAGCAGAUCAAUCACAAGACAAAGAGCUUGGAGUCUUGUAAGAAUGGCUCUUCUAUGGGGAAGAAAAGGUGGCAUCUUCAAGAAGUGGCACAUGUUCGAGCUACGUAACUUGUUCUCCAAGCAUCUCAAAGCCCUAGCUCAUCAUUCUAACAGCUUUGACAACGGCCGUUAUCUCGGUGAGAAACAGCUCUCUUUCGACGACACCCCGGUUUUUAACGUGAAGAUGCAUCGUCCUGCUUCCAUGAGGUUCCUCUUGCCUUGCAUUGCUCCUUCCGUUGACUUUGAUUACGACUUUGAAUUGGACGGUCAAGAUGAUACCGAAUAUGUUAAAUCAUACGGCUACUACAAUGGUUCGUGCAAUGAGAAAUGUGAUCGUGCGUCUCAGGAUGAUCAUGAAAACGAAGAGGAGAAAGGGGUGGAUGCGAGAGCAGAUGAGUUUAUUGCUAAUUUCUAUGAACAGAUGAAGUUGCAGAGGCAAAUCUCUUGUUUGAAAUACAAAGAACACAAUGAAGUCGUAUGAUGAUAAUUAACAAAAGGGUUUUCACUUUAUUCACUAUAUAGAUGUUUCUUGUCUUAAUCCUCCUUUUUGUGUUUUCUUUUCAAUUUUGGUGAAAUACAUUACAUA